AUCACUUCAAACAAAUAAGGCAAAUAUGUUUACUUUUGCUCUACUCUGUACUUUUCGAAAUAAGGUCACCCAAGUUCUGGAAAGAAACUCUUGCUCUACUCUGUACUUUUGCACAAGGAGAACAAUGGGCCACCCUGUGUGAUGUACUUGCCUCAAAGUUGAUGGAUGCUGGUAACACUCUGGCUGCAGUUCUGUGCUACAUUUGCGCAGGCAAUGUUGACAGAACAGUAGAAAUUUGGUCAAGGAGCCUUGCAAACGAGCGUGAAGGAAGAUCUUAUGCUGAGCUUCUUCAGGAUCUUAUGGAGAAGACUCUUGUUCUUGCUUUGGCAACUGGCAACAAAAAGUUCAGCGCAUCUCUUUGUAAACUCUUUGAGAGUUAUGCUGAGAUAUUGGCCAGCCAAGGGCUUCUUACAACGGCAAUGAAGUACUUGAAAGUUUUGGAUUCUGGUGGCUUGUCACCUGAACUUUCUAUAUUACGUGAUCGUAUUUCCCUUUCAGCAGAACCUGAGACUAACACUGCAGCUUCAUGCAACAUUCAGCCUCAAAGCACCGUACCAUAUAAUCAGGUCUCAUUUUUUUUAGUCAGCAACUGUCUUUAAACUGGAGCCUGGAUAUCUCUGGAAUCCAUUAAGCUUCAUGAAGAGAACUAAUGCUUCAGACAGAUUCUAGUUAUGAUAUGAAACCUACUCUGUGACUGAAGCUAUGAUUCUUAGCCGAGUAAGCUCUUGACUCUGUUCUUUCCUUCUCCAGAAGGCCCGUCUCCACCAAACCUCAAAAAUAUUCAGAGAAAUGAGUGAUGAUGUACUGCCUAAACAAUCAACUUGACCAAUCAAACUUGCAGACGUUUGCGUCUUCUUCUAGCAAAUCCAACUCCU